CUCCCGCCGGCCCCGGGCCGGGGCGGUGCGAAGCGGGAGUACCUGUCCCGGCAGCGCCGCGCCGACAGGUGAGCGGUGGGACGGGGGCUCCUUCCUCGGGCCCGCGGCUCCUCCUCCCCCUCGCCGCCCCGUUCCAGCCGCAGGCCCGCCCGGGAGCCGCGAUGCCCUUCCCCGGCUCCGGCGCGGACGAUGCCUUCGACUACCUGUUCAAGAUCAUCCUGAUCGGGGACUCCAACGUGGGGAAGACCUGCGUGGUGCACCGCUUCAAGACAGGGCAGUACAACGAGAAGCAGCAGAACACCAUCGGCGUCGACUUCACCGUGCGCUCGAUGGACAUCGACGGCAAGAAAGUGAAGAUCCAAGUGUGGGACACAGCUGGCCAGGAACGCUUCCGGACAAUAACCCAGUCUUAUUACAGGAGUGCCCAUGGGGCCAUCCUUGCCUAUGACCUUACUAGGAGGUCCACAUUUGAGUCCAUUCCUCACUGGAUUCAUGAAAUUGAAAAAUAUGGUGCUGCAAACUUGGUCAUGAUGUUAAUUGGGAACAAAUCAGACUCACUGGAUAAGCGCCAGGUCCUGUUUGAAGACGCCUGCACACUGGCAGAGAAGCACGGGCUCUUAGCUGUACUGGAGACAUCAGCAAAAGAAGCUCAAAACAUAGAAGAGGUGUUCAUGUUAAUGGCUAAGGAGCUAAUAGCCCGAAAUACCUUACAGCUUCAUGGAGAGAACCCUCCGAACAGCUUCUGUCUUGAUUCCAGGCCAGUGAUUGCCAGUCCAAGUGUGGAGAAGGCCCAGUGCCCCUGUUGAAGAGAAAUUUCAGGAAGAGCUUGGAAAUUGUCAUUCUUCUGAGGCUAUUUGAUGCAAUUGUAUUCAAUUGAUGAAAGUGUCCUCUGUGGCCUCAAGCCAUUUCUCUUGAUAUCUCUGCCUUGGAGUUUGGCUUGUAAGUAUUUUCAGAGAUCAUUGCUGUUGGUAGCACAGGUUGCUUUGAACAUGGCAAUGAGCUGAGAGGACUCAGGAAGCUGCCAGCCCUUGCCUUAAUCAAAGAAAACUGUAAAAACUAUUGCCUUUAA